AUGCGGGAUGACACUGUCUACGCUGGUAUUCGACCCUCCAACAGCAACGACCCUGGCAGAAUCAUUCUGCUGUCAGAACGUGUCAACAAAUUCAUCAAACUUCUGACCGAGUUGUCGUAUACCCCAUGCGUGCCUGUGGGGCUGAUCUGGAGAUGGUGUCACCACGACGGGAAAGCCAAGGAAAGCAUUCGCAAUCCUAUCGAGUACCGUCCUGAUUAUGAAAUAGUCCUCAUGCCCUUCACUCAACUGUCAAAUUGGGGUUAUUCUAUAUCGGAAGAUCUCUCGACUGUCAUCGUAAAUGAGAGCAAACUCUCGAAAGAGCCGGUCGCAAAGAGAUCCAUGAUAUCGCUCCUCAGAAAACAUGACCCCAACCGCAGUGAACGUCAAUAUUUUCUCAAUACAGCGUCUGAUCUGGUGGAUUCAAAAUGGCUAUUUGAAAGAUGGCUCACGGAAACACGAAUAUUCCUCGACACAAGACUCGACACUCUUCCAGGGGAGACGGCAAUGCUUCUCCGCUGCCGGCGAUUGGCACACUGGUUCGAAGAUAGUACUGAGUGUAAGUCCCAGUACGAAGAACAACUUCUCACGGAUAUCUGCAACAACCUCCAUAUUUUCAUGAAGCAUGAUCCCAGGCUCGCUCAAGCUCGGUUACGACAUCGAAGUGCGAUCUUGACACACCAUCAAAUUUGUGCCGAGAAAGUUGACACGAAUCCACGGGGAGUUCCAAUUUGUCAACCCUGGGACUCUUCUGUAUGGGCAUCUGCCAGACCGGAUGGCAUCGGGACACUAUCAUGCGCGGAGACGAUGACGAAUGAAGUGAUGAUAGUCUUUGACAUCUACUCUUUCCUGAACGAACAAAUUGCUCAGUUCUUAAGAGAUUUGCAUUGGUGGGGGUGUAUUCCAAGGAUGUCUUUGACAAGAGGAGGCCAUGGUCGUUUGCGUGUAUUGGGUGUCAAGAGCUUGAAAGGCCCUGCCGGUGGUGUGAAGAAUACGACGUAG